UGUCCUCCAGUCAUCCUCUCAACUCUUCAGCUCAGUUAGUGUUCGGCGUUUGAAAGGAGUCAGACUGCAGCCCACGUCUGGAAGUCACUUUAUUGACAAAUACGAGAAGAGAACCGACAACCCGAAAAGGAGGACCUUAAACAUCAGGAUUUUUAUAUGUAUAUUUGCCUCGCUGCAGGAUAUUUCCCCUUUAAUUAACCGUCUCGGAUGAAUAUUACUCCCGUGUGCUGAAAUCUUCUGCCACUAACGGUCCACAGUUAGCUUACCUGGCACAGGUUCGCCGCUUUUGUGCCGAGCUAGCUGAACCCGGCUGACCUUGCAUCACAGAAUACCUUCGUUUUUUAAUGUUUUAAUUUUGAAAAAUGUGAUUCCAUGCCUCUCUCUCUCUUUUUUUUUUUUUUUUUUCCUGAGAGGAAGCCAAGCCCCUUCAUUGGCAUCUGACACAGCUGGGUCGUGUCGAGAAGAUUGAGGAUUAACGGGUUUUUUUUCUCCCCCUUCUUCUUGAAGAAACCCUUUUUCUUGGCUUUGUUUCAGCCCAAAUAAAGGUCGAAUAAGCAACAUGAGCGGAAUGUAAAUGAAUGCAUAUUUCACUCAUAUUUCCCUCCACAUAUCAGCUGACAUAAAGGGCACCAAAAGAAUAUGGAAAACGAGGUUUUCACCCCACUGCUGGAGCAGUUCAUGCUCACGCCUCUGGUCUGCUGGGUAAAGAGUGUUGGGCACUCGACGGUGACCGAUGGCAGUAAAUUGUUGGAAUACAUCGAGUUGGUGGAUGGGAUUUACCUGAACGAGAUCAUGUUUGAGAUAAAUCCAAAAGCAACAGUGCAGAGGACCAACAAGAAAGUAAACAAUGACCCUACACUGCGCAUUCAGAACCUUUCUAUUCUCAUCAGGCAGAUUAAAGCCUACUAUCAGGAGAGUCUCCAGCAGUUGGUGAUGAUGCCUUUGCCAAACGUUCUGGUUCUGGGCCGGAACCCACUCUCUGAACAAGGCCUGGAGGAGAUGAGGAAGAUGUUGCUGCUGCUUUUAGGAUGUGCUGUUCAGUGUGAGAAGAAAGAAGAAUACAUUGAACGUAUCCAGACUCUGGAUUUUGACACCAAAGCCGCAAUAGCAUCUCACAUUCAAGAGGUGACCCAUAACCAGGAGAACGUGGUGGACCUGCAGUGGUUGGAAAAUGGAGAAAUGCCCCCUGAGGAUUUGGACAGCCUGUCGAGAAACCUGGCUUUCCACCUCAAACGUCUGGUGGAUGAAAGGGACACACAGCUGGAGACGAUCGUGGAGCUCACCCAGGAGAGAGACUGUGUGCAGCUCUCUCCCCUGGCUCCCAUCGCCACCCAGUCCCCUGGUGACUCUCCCAGCAUGAGGAGGACUGAGAGUCGACAGCACCUCUCGGUGGAGUUGGCCGAUGCCAAGGCCAAAAUCAGACGCCUUCGACAGGAACUGGAGGAAAAAAGCGAGCAGCUUCUGGACACCAGGCAGGAGCUGGAGAACAUGGAGGUGGAGCUGAAGAGAAUCCAGCAGGAGAGCUAUCAGCUGCUGUCCGACGCUCGCUCGGCUCGGGCCUACCGCGAUGAGCUGGACGCACUCCGAGAAAAAGCCAUACGUGUCGACAAACUGGAGAGCGAGCUCUGCCGGUACAAGGAGAGACUUCAUGACAUUGACUUCUACAAGGCCAGAGUCGAGGAGCUAAAGGAGGACAACCAGAUUUUGCUAGAAACAAAGACGAUGUUGGAGGAGCAGCUGGAUUCCACCAGGACGCGGUCCGACAAGCUACACCUUCUGGAGAAAGAGAACCUCCAGCUCAAGUCCAAGAUGCAUGAUCUGGAGAUGGAGCGGGACCUUGACCGGAAGCGAAUGGAGGAGCUGUUGGAGGAGAAUCUCGUGUUGGAGAUGGCCCAGAAACAGAGCAUGGACGAGUCGCUGCACCUGGGAUGGGAGCUGGAGCAAUUAUCAAAGACACCAGAGCUGACUGAUGCCCCGCAGAAGUCUUUGGGCGAGGAGGUGAAUGAGCUGACCUCCAGUCGCCUGUUAAAGCUGGAGAAAGAAAAUCAAGCUCUGCUGAAGAAGGUGGAGGAACUCAAAGGGACAGCCAGUCAGGACGACACAGCUAAACUGACCAAAGCCAAUCAAGAAAACCAGAAACUUAACCAGAAAUUGGAGCGACUGGAGAAUGAACUAAUGGUGGAUAGGGAGUCGCUCCGUAGUGCCGAGUCACUGAGUACGGACCUGAUGAAGGAAAAGGCUUUGUUGGAGAAGACUCUGGAGACACUCAGGGAAAACUCCGAGAGACAGACGAAGGGUCUAGAGCAGGAGAACAAGCACCUGAGCCAAACCAUUUCCUCGCUGCGUCAACGCUGCCAGGUUGGAGCUGAGGCCCGCGUGAAAGACGUGGAGAAGGAGAACAGAGUUCUUCACGAGUCGAUCUGCGAGACGACGGGCAAACUGAAUAAGCUCGAAUUUGAAAGGAAGCAGCUACGAAAGGAGCUUGAAUUGAUGAAGGAAAAAGGUGAGAGAGCAGAAGAGUUGGAGAUUCGGCUGCAGAAGCUGGAAAGGGAAAAUGAAAGCCUGCAGAAGAAAGUUGCCACUCUUGGAAUUACCUGCGAGAAGGUUUCUUCUUUGGAGAAGGAGAACUCUGAGUUGGAGGUGGAGGGCCGCCGUCUAAAGAAGAAACUGGACGCUCUAAAAAAUAUGGCUUUCCAGUUAGAGGCGCUGGAGAAGGAAAACGGCCAGCUCGAACAGGAGAACCUGGAGCUCCGGCGCUCAACCGAGACGCUCCGGUCAGCGGGGGCAAAGGCCGCUCAGCUGGAAGCCGAGAACAGGGAGCUGGAGAGCGAGAGGACCCAGCUGAAGCGCAGCUUGGAACUGCUUAAAGCCUCGUCUAAGAAAACAGAAAGAUUAGAGGUGAGCUACCAGGGUCUGGACACGGAGAACCAGCGGCUUCAGAAGGCUUUGGAGAACAGCAGCAAGAAGAUCCAGCAGCUGGAGGCAGAAUUGCAAGAGGUGGAAACGGAGAACCAAACCCUUCAGCGUAACCUGGAGGAACUGAAGAUCUCGAGUAAACGGCUGGAGCAGCUGGAGCAGGAGAACAAAACUCUGGAACUGGAAAGCUCCCAGCUGGAGAAAGAUAAGAAGCUUCUGGAGAAGGAGAACAAGCGACUGAGGCAGCAGGCCGAGAUCCGCGACUCCAAGCUGGAUGACGGCAACCAGCGGAUCGCCGCCCUGGAGAAGGAGAACCGCACCAUGGGCAAGGAGAUGAUCUUCUUCAGGGACUCGUGUACGAGAGUCAAGGACCUGGAGAAAGAGAACAAAGAGCUGGUCAAACAGGGCAGUAUAGAUAAGAAGACACUGAUGACACUAAGAGAGGAGCUUGUGAGUGAGAAACUGCGGACGCAGCAGAUGAAUAAUGACCUUGAGAAACUUACUCAUGAAUUGGAGAAAAUUGGACUGAACAAAGAGAGACUCCUGCACGAUGAGAGCUCCGAUGACAGGUUUAAGCUGCUUGAAACCAAACUGGAGUCAACUCUGAAAUCAUCUUUGGAGAUCAAAGAGGAGAAAAUCGCUGCUUUAGAGGCGCGAUUACAGGAAUCCUCCAACCUCAACCAGCAACUUCGGCAGGAGCUAAAAACGGUAAAGAAGAACUAUGAGGCGCUUCGCCAGAGAGAGGAGGAGGAAAGGAUGGUGCACAGCUCUCCCCCGAAAGGAGGGGAAAACUCCCAGACCGUCAAUAAAUGGGAAAAGGAGAGCCAUGAAGCCACCAGGGAGCUGCUGAAAGUCAAAGACAGACUAAUUGAAGUGGAGAGAAAUAAUGCUACACUGCAGGCUGAGAAGGUGGCUCUGAGAAGCCAACUCAAACAACUGGAAACUCAGAGCUCCAACCUGCAGGCACAGAUUGUAGCGGUGCAGAGGCAGACCGCCUCCUUACAGGAGAACAACACCACUCUGCAGACGCAGAAUGCCAAACUGCAGGUGGAGAACUCCACCCUGAGCUCUCAAAGUGCGGCCCUCAUGGCCCAGAACGCCCAGCUGCAGAGCCAGCAGAGCAGCGUGGAGGGAGAGCGGGAGGGAGCGCUGAGAGAGAAGGAGGAGCUGAGGGCGGCCUACGAGCUGCUGCUCCGGGAUCACGAGAAGCUGGCGGCGCUCCACGAGCGGCAGGCGGCCGAGUACGAAGCUCUGAUUGGGAAACACGGCGGCCUGAAGACCUCCCAUAAGAGCCUGGAGCAACAGCACAGAGACUUGGAGGACAAGUACAAGCAGCUCCUGCAGAGAAAGGGAGAGCUGGAGGAGUUGGAGAAAAACCUGAAGGAGCAGCAGGACAAGAUGACUCAGGAGAAUCAGAGCCACCAAGCCACAGCUGACCAGUGCAAACUGCUCAAAGAGGAAAACGACAGGCUGAACACCGCCUAUCACCAACUGAUGAAGGACAACGAGAGUCUGCAGGUGGACCAUAAGAACAUAAAGAGCCAGCUGAACAGUGCAAAGCUGGAGCAGACCAAGCUAGAAGCCGAGUUCUCCAAACUCAAGGAGCAAUACCAGCAGCUGGACAUCACCUCCACUAAACUCACCAACCAGUGUGAGCUGUUGAGCCAGCUGAAAGGCAACUUGGAGGAGGAGAACCGUCACCUGUUGGACCAGAUCCAGACCCUGAUGCUGCAGAACCGCACACUUCUGGAGCAGACGAUGGAGAGCAAGGACCUGUUCCAUGUAGAGCAAAGACAAUACAUGUAAAACAAGAGAUACAUUUGUCUUUUUC